AUGACAUCCACUCUUAAAACGUCUAUUAAUGGAGUUGUUAAUGUCAGUGGUAUCGGAGGAGUUUGCAAUGGUACGGUAAAGCGUAAUGUUGUUUUACGAUUAUCGCCUGUGUCUUCAAGUUCUUGUGUUUUGGUGAACGCUUUGGUUAUCGAUAGGAUCACAUCGACUAUUCCUAGGCGUUCUAUUUCUGGAACUGAUUGGCCUCAGUUGGACARUCUUGAGUUAGCGGAUCCACAUUUUCUCACACCUGGUCCAAUUGACAUUCUACUUGGAGGUGAUAUUUAUGCUCGUCUUAUGGUUGGCGAUGUUGGAGUGUUAAAGCGUCCUGAUGGAGAAAUGCUUGCUCAGUUAUCGAUUUUUGGAUGGGUUGUCACUGACUCAAUUGCGUCGCCGUGUCUUAAUGUUAAUUCUGAUAGCACUCUGGCUCACUUAGUGCAAACAGAUGAUCUUUUGAAGAGGUUCUGGGAAAUCGAGGAGAUUCCUUCAGCCACAAAUCUAUCUCUGGAGGAGAAAAGGUGUGAACAGCAUUUCAAGGCAACWACUUAUCGUGAAGAUGGUAGAUAUGUGGUAUCAUUACCCUUCAAGGCUGAUUGUAGUCUCGGGGAAAGCCGAUCUGUAGCUUUAAAGAGGCUUGAGCAGACUGAAAGGCGAUUAGCACGUGAUCCCGKGCUYAAGGAAAGCUACUCUGCGGCUAUGAAAGAUUAUUUUGAUCAAGGCCAUGCCGAGAAGGUGCCAGAUGAAGAAUUUUAA